AUGGAUCUUUGUGCUCAGUCCUACAUGAUCAUGAAUGAUGGACACAAAAUUCCGGUGAUCGGAUUUGGCACCUAUGCCCCAGAAAAAUUUCCCAAGAUUUUGGCGGAGGAGGCAACUAAGGUAGCUAUUGAGGUUGGAUAUCGGCAGAUUGACUGUGCCUAUGUUUAUGGGAAUGAGGCAGAUGUUGGGCGAGCUAUGCGAGAAGAAAUUGCCAAUGGGAUGGUGAAAAGAGAAGAUUUAUUUUACACUGGGAAGCUCUGGAGCACAUUCCAAACCCCUGAUCUUGUUCGACCAGCCUUGGAAAGGUCCCUGCAAAACCUACAGCUGGAAUACAUGGACCUGUUCAUUAUUCACAAUCCUCUGGAAAUGAAGCCUGGUGACGAUCCAUUUCCUAUAGAUGAAAAUGGCCAACUCAUUUUUCACAAUACAGACAUACGAGACACAUGGGAGGCCAUGGAAAGGUGUAAGGACGCUGGACUGGUGAAGUCAAUUGGAGUUUCCAACUUUAAUCGCAGACAAAUUGAGCUUAUUCUUAACAAGCCAGGACUGAAAUACAAGCCAGUGUGCAACCAGGUGGAAUGUCAUAUUUAUCUGAAUCAAAGAAAACUCAUGGACUUCUGCCGAUCUCAGGAUAUCGUUCUAGUUGGAUACAGUGUGCUGGGGUCUAGUCGGGAUGAAAACUGGAUUGACCAAAAUUCACCAGUCGUUCUUGAGGAUCCUGUUUUGGUCAACAUUGCCAAACAACUUAAUAAGACCCCGGCUCAGGUGGCCAUAAGAUAUUUUCUACAGCUCGGAGUUGUUGUCCUGGCCAAGAGCUUCCACCCCAAGCGGAUCAAAGAAAACAUUCAGGUUUGA